AUGCGCGACAUCUUUACAAAGCUCCAAGGAGGCGGUGUGGUGUACCCGGAGCUCGUGCAAUGCGUGGAGAUCGUGAUACGGCUGCCGGAGUCAUGGUCUGCCCUAGCGAUCAACCUCAACUCCCAACAACCCCAAUGGAGCGUGGAUUACAUUCGCGCGCGCAUCCUGGAGGAGGACCUGCGGCGGCAGAGUGUGGAGCGCUCGGAGGAGUGGGCUGGCUAUGGAGUUGGAGGUGGAAAGAGUAGCUUCAAGAAGAAGUGGAAGGGCAAGAACAAGGAUAACCCUAAGGAGGAUGGCGGCGGGGGUCAAGGGGAGGUGUGCUUCUACUGCAAGAAGCGCGGAAAUCGUUGGCGGAAGUGCUACCAACGACCCAAGGAUUGGACCCCGCCUUCAUCAAACAACCAGCGUGGUGGCACGAGGAGUGGGGGAGUCAUGGGAGCUAGUGGAGAGGAGAAGGAUGAGGAGAAAGGCGGCAAAUCUGAGGAGCGGAAGGCCGGGUUCUUCUUCUUCGUGAACGAAGACGCAACCGACCACGCUAUGGCUGCCAAGCGGGUCCUACCUUAG